CCGCUCUGGGGUCAGCUGGUGCAGCAGGAGCAGCGUUUCCCUGACAGAUGUGAGCCAGUCUGUUGAGCCAUGCGUGUUGACAGCGGCUGUAAACCCCAGAGAGCAGAGGCAGCCUGACUUUAGUCUCAGCGCAGAAAUGAAGGAUCCGACAAUCCUGGCUGGAAGUGGGACCAUCUGAAGAAGAACUGUUGCUCUUCCGGAAAUAUAUACGAGGUUAUCUUUCUUUUCCACCGCCCUCACUUCCCUGUUCUUUUAUUUUAUUUUUAUUUUUUUAUAUAUAUAUAUCGAUAUUACCUAAAGAAUAGAGCAUAUAUGAUGAAAUACAAGGCCAACCAGACCAGGACGUACGACGGAGAGGGCUUCAAGCGAAGAGCGGCGUGUUUGUGUUUGAGAAGCGAGGAGGAGGACGAGGUUCUGCUGGUGAGCAGCAGUCGACAUCCAGACCAAUGGAUUGUCCCCGGAGGAGGCAUGGAGCCCGACGAGGAGCCCAGUGUAGCCGCUGUCAGGGAGGUGUAUGAAGAGGCUGGUGUGAAGGGGAAACUUGGCAGAUUACUUGGGAUAUUUGAGCACAAUCAAGACAGAAAGCACAGGACUUACGUCUACACUCUUGUUGUGACAGAAGCACUGGAGCACUGGGAGGACUCGGUCAACAUUGGUAGGAAGAGGAAGUGGUUCAAGGUGGAGGACGCCAUCAGGGUGCUGCAGAGCCACAAGCCCGUCCACGCAGAGUACCUCCGCAGGCUGGCCGACACCUGCGGACCCUCCUACGGGCCUGUGUGUUGCCCCCGGGCGAUGGACAGCAAGGCACCACACUAUGUGGUUUGCUCCACGCAGGACUCAGAGCUCUUCAACAGAUAGGACCUUCAGCUAAGCGUUCCGUCUAGAGGAGUUUGAUGGACUAUACCGGAGCAUUGGUUGCUUAACGAAUGCAGCUUUUUUUCCCCCCCUGUGUACAAAAUGAAUUUUGCUGGAAGUUAUAAAACGUAAGCUGUAGUAGUUCUUAAAAAGAGGUACAACACUUUCUAGCUACUUGCUAAUUUCCUGGAUCGUUUAAGCAAAGGCUACCAGCUGACAGAGCAAAUAUGUCCCCUUGCAGGGUUUAAAUUUUUUGGUGCAUUUUUUUUUUUUGCACUGCGAUGUACAGUUCUUACCGGAGGAGGGGCUUACAUGUUGCAUAUUUGACUGUCAGCGUUCCCAGUGCGUUGGUGGUUUCCAGAAGGCUGAAACUGGGAAAUGUUGGCCUUAAGAGGAAGCCCUGUUCCCACACUGACUCAUUGCCAAAUAAUUUCCUGUUGCGAGAGGUUUUUAAGUGGGAGUAGCCACAAGUGUGUGAAUGUUUUAUUACAAUUCUUUUUUUUUUUUUGUGCAUCUUUUUCCUCAUAACACUUCGAUUUUUGGUCUUUGAGGGGUUGGUUUAAAGUUUGUUUUGCUGGUGUUUUAGCAAUCCAUUUAAAACUUGAGCGGUUGCCCCAACCAGCACUAAGAAAUAAUUUAACAAAUGUAUUAAUACACAUUUUUUUUGGUGGUAUUAAUGGUGGUAAAGAAAAGUGAAAACUUGUCAAAUAAAUUCAUUCUUUAUUGUAGCACAAUGAUAUUACACUAAAAAAAGACUAAUCUAGUCUUUAAUUUAAAGAUUUUUACUGAGUGGGUAAAAAAAAAAUCACAUGUUAAGAUUUAUGAUGCCAUAAAAAGGAUCGCAGGACAGGAAACAGGCCCACGUCAUCACAUGUCUUCCACCGUGCAUUACAGUGAGCAUGAAGGGUGUUUCCAUGCACUGAACCUUUGCUUCACAGCAAACCCACGCGACCUGUUUGUGCCUAGAAAGAUCAAUCCUAUUCUCAUCUGACCAAAGCAUGCAGCUCAGGCUAAAGUCCCUGCAGCACAUGGCAACGGCUGCAUGUUUACAUGUUUGACACUAAGACGCAGAAAGCUUUUUUUAUGGCAUGCUUCCCAAACACUCAGUUGCCACGUUUAGAGCAACUCGCGAUUGUUAUGAAGGCUUUGGUGACACCAAGAUGCCCCUCUUUGUUGCAGUAGUGAGCUUUAGAACCUUCUCCUCACCGCGCAUGAUGUAAAAAUAAACUAUUUCCCUCCUGCACUCCUGCUUGUCGCAGUUCCAGUUGUUUAAACUUUUUUAUUCAUUUCUCUGACUGUGGCUAUUGGCUGAUUUCAGUGAGCAGCUACUGUAUUGCCGUGUGCCUAUAAAGUGACUUAAGAUCAGCAGACAUCUCCCUUACUAGAAUGGCGAGAUUGUAUUUCCUAUUUUUAAGAGUGUCUAAGAGAAACGGGCAGCUGUGCCAUGUAUUCCCCAGAGAAGCAGCAAGUUAUAAAUUACUAAUUGAAAUUUUAGACAUUCUGAUCAACCUAAGGAAAAAAAAGGUAAGCAUACAUUUAAGAAAAAGCUCCAGCAACACUUUUUUUAUUAUUGGAAUUGUUAGGGAUGCCGACAUAUGUGCCAAUGGUAAUGUUGUUAACAACUGUUGCUUAAUGUCAGAUUCCCCCUACCCAGAUGAAAGUGUCAAAAUCAAAGGCUGAAUUAUUAUUAUUUUUUACUUAUUUAUUUAUUUAUUUUACAUGUCAUGGAAACUAUGCAAUUACAAGAUUGACUUAUUUUCAGCUUUUUCAACAUCAACAGUUUUUUGAAAAAGAUGUGUCAUGCAAGACCCUGAGCUACAAUAAAUGUGUAUUAAAGUGGUAUGGGUUUCUUUUCCAUGUGCCUUAAUAAAAUGUAUAAACAAAUAAAAAUGUGUUUUAUGAACAGAUUAAUGACUAGAUUUUUUUAAUCCCUUUAAAAUCCCAGAUUUCCUGUAUGUCUGAGCUGAGGUUGCAUUUCAUGUACAUUGUAAGUAAGAUUAAUAAUUGGUCCCACCCCCAUAAUUCCUUAGAACAAAACCAUAAACUAAUGCCUCAUCAUUGACUGUCCCGAGUCUGCAUUGACGUCGUGUUCACAUUUUAUUGAAAGCGGUAGUUAGGAGUGAUGUUACUGUCAAAUUGAGCAUAAUCUUGUUCUAAGUCAGAAAGCCAGGGAUCUUUCUAAUUGUUUACUAUUAACAGUAUGAGCCAAUAAUGAUGUAUUUCUCUCAAUGUAUGCAUUCAAACAAUAAAAUGAAUAUGUUCACAAGUG